AUGGAGGUCAGCACCCGAAUUCCACUGGUGACUGCGCUUGUGGAACUGGGUAAUCAGAUGGGAUUCCCGUUGGUGCGGAUGUAUGCGACUUGCAUAGGCGGAGCCAUCCAGAAACGAACAAAGUCUCUAUGGUCCCAGCUCAUCAAAUACUACCUCCAAGAACGCAUACCGGCGCUCUGCAUACGAAGACAAUUUGCAUAUGACGAGAAAGAGUUCCACGAUAGGACCUACGAUCCGACUGGAUUGAUCAGAGACUUGUGGGAAGCAUACGAAGAGUUGGAAUAUGUCCACACUCGUUUCCUCCAUUGGAUUAAAUGUGAUAACCACCCCGAGCAAUACAUAUACGACCGCAUGUAUGAGGAUCAUCGCGAGUGGAAAACUCUACUGGAUAUCUGCAUCGUCGUGUUGACGCUGUGGUAG